AUGCUGCUGCUGGUGCUGCUGCUGCAAGCUGUCCUGCUGCUUUUAGCCCUGCCCAACCAUGCUGAGGUUACCAUGGCUGAAGGGUCAGAAGUCCUGCUCCCUCCAUCCAAGGAGACUUGUGCAGGUUGGAUGGCAGGCAUCCCAGGACAUCCUGGCCACAAUGGGACACCAGGUCGUGAUGGCAGAGAUGGCGCUGCUGGCGAGAAGGGUGAGAAAGGAGAUGCAGGUCUUCUUGGUCCCAAGGGUGAGACAGGAGAUGUUGGAGUGACUGGAGCUGAAGGGCCCCGAGGCUUUCCCGGAAUCCCCGGCAGAAAAGGGGAGCCUGGAGAAGGUGCUUAUGUGUAUCGCUCAGCAUUCAGUGUGGGGCUGGAGACCAGAGUCACUGUCCCCAGUGUUCCCAUCCGCUUUACUAAGAUCUUCUACAACCAACAGAAUCACUAUGAUUCCAGCACUGGAAAAUUCUACUGCAACAUCCCAGGGGUCUACUACUUCUCCUACCAUAUCACAGUGUACAUGAAGGAUGUGAAGGUGAGCCUCUUCAAGAAGGACAAGGCUGUUCUCUUCACCUAUGACCAGUAUCAGGAAAAGAAUGUAGACCAGGCCUCUGGCUCUGUGCUCCUCCAUCUGGAGGUGGGCGACCAAGUCUGGCUCCAGGUGUAUGGGGAUGGGGAUAAUAAUGGACUCUAUGCAGAUAAUGUCAAUGACAGUACCUUCACAGGCUUCCUUCUGUACCAUGAUACCAACUGA